UCAAAACGGUCUUCAGAGCCGUUACCCGCCAUUCUCGGAUGCCAGCUGUCACGGACCCUGCGUGCGCGUAUUUCACUCGGGCUUAUAUAUAUCUCCCCGCACGCACACUCUCUUCUUCAGCACAUUCUCACACUACAAUCAGAGCGCUCCAUCAACGGCCUCUUCCCUUUUGAGUGUUCGCUGCCCAAACCAAACGCUACAUUGUUACCCGGCAAUCGGAGGAAGAGAGAGCAGAAUUGAAAGAAGUUUCUCGCCUCGUUUCGGUGAUGAAAAAUAGAGGUAGAAGAAAGAGUUUGAUCAGCUGAAGAGGAAAAGGCAGUCUCAGAAAGAAUUUGAUGCAGAGUCUAAAAAGAUAUCACCCAUUUACGUCCUCUUUCCGUGAGGAGACACUGCGUUCAGAGGUAGUAGUGCAGUUUCUUGAUGCUAAUUUCAUCUGUUGGGGAGCACUUGCAAACAGAGGAGAUGGUCUGCAGAUGGCUACAACAUUGGGAGCUACCAAUUUCCCCUUCUGUGCUGUAAUUGCUCCAGCUCCAGGCGAAAGCCUAACAGUCCUGCAACAGGGCGUCAGUUGAUUGGCUUAAUAAACGUUCUCUCGAGGCACUCAACUCUUUCGCAUUAUGGUCUUCAGAUAGCAUUCUUGCUGACUUUGCGACUCAACAAGCUAGUGCCAAAUGCUCUAAAAAGGGAGACAACAUGCUUCCUCAAAAUCUCAGAUAUCAGUGGUUGCCCUAUUUGUAGUCCUAGCAAUGGUAUUACGAAGAAAACCUGAGAUUGAUAUUAACAAGGGAAAACUCAAAGUUUCAAGUACAGGACAAGCUUCCAGUACUUGUCUGGAUGAUAGUUCAGGCUUGUCAAGCAGAUCUUGCAAUAGGGCUUUAUGCAUGGGCACAUUACCUUUUGCCCAUAGUUAGUUGUAAUCCCCAGGCUAGAGUGAAGGCUACUGAAAGGUUUGAGGCUAUCUAUCCAACCUUGAAGGAGGUUGCACUUGCUGGCUCUCCUGGUAGCAAAGCAAUGAAACAAGUUUCACAGAAGAUAUUUAGUUUUGCUGCCAAAGCAGCAGGAGAAAGUGUUUCAGAGCUAUCUGGAGAAGCAACUAACGUUUUCAUUUGGUGUUUGACGCAAAAUGUUGAUUGCUACAAGCAAUGGGACAAGAUUUAUGAGGAUAACCUAGAAGCUAGUGUUUCUGUUUUGAAAAAGCUUUCUGAUGACGCCGAACUAGGCACCUCUUUCGAGUAUGGGAAGCCAAAAAUCCCCUGGUAACAAAACUGCACCAACUAGUUAGUCCUUUUAAAUCCUUCUUGUAAUCCUCUUGAGGAUACAAAAGUAGUGGCUUUAGUAAGUUUUUAAGUUAAUACUGCUCAACAAGGCUCAAUACUCAUUUUA